AUGGACCGCACGCCCCCUGGUAUACCCCCGCAAUCGAUCUACGCUUUGGCUUACUGCACCAUUUUGAUCCCAAAGACGGGAGCCAGCGACUACUUAAGAUGGAAGAGGUCUGAAUUCACUGUGAAAGCGAAAUUUCUCCAUCGUUCUUAUCAUCAUCAUUCUCAGCCUGAUUACAUGUUUCCCCAUCACUGCUGCAAACACAAUCAAACCACAACCACUUCCAUUGUCAACACCAUGGACUGUCCGGGCAUCCUGUUCACCGAGGAUCUGAUGGAGCUGGGGGGUCAAGCUCGAGGACGUAAGCGGACGAAACGACGUAGAUAUUGGGGAAAGAAGAAGGAGCGUCAGGAGAAGACAACUAAAAAGGACGAGAAGCAGACCCCGGAGCAAGAAAAGGAGCAGGAGACGAGAAAGAGUACGGAAAAGAAGGAGCACGAUGGAAAGAAGCACCAGAAGAAGCACGUCGACUAG